AUGCGUCAGAAUAGCAAAGUAGCCAAACCGUUUGAUGAAGCUGCAGAGCAUAUCAAGAAGCAUUCACGUAUUCUGAAAUACAUUGUUAUUGGAGUCCUUUGUGCAGGCUAUGCUGCCUACUUCAUUGCAGCUUGUGUACUGAGUUUCCAACGUGCUUUGGCACUGGUGGUUAUAACUUGCGUGGUUAUUUUCUUCUUGGUCUAUGACCUACUGGUAAGACUGUAUGGCAAACGUAUUAAGCGUUUUCUGAGUAGAUGUGGCCCAUGCUUGAAAAAGAACAAAGUCUGGAUGAAAUGGGUGUUCAUUAUAUUGCUUCUUAUUGGGCUUAUUACCUGGUUGGCUGUGGACACGGCCAAGAGACCUGAACAGCUGAUAUCAUUUGGAGGUGUCUGUAUGUUUGUCAUUAUCCUCUUUUUGAUGUCCAAGCACCACCGAGCGGUGUCAUGGCGGGCAGUGUUUUGGGGACUUGGACUUGAGUUUGUUUUGGGAAUAUUUAUUAUUCGAACUGAGCCAGGUUACUAUGCUUUCAAGUUUCUUGGUGAACAAAUUCAGACUUUCCUAAAUUAUACAACUGCUGGCUCAGGAUUUGUUUUUGGAGAAACUCUAAUUAAAGACGUAUUCGCUUUUCAGGCCCUUCCUAUUGUGGUAUUCUUUAGCUGUGUGAUGUCAGUCCUCUAUUAUAUUGGCAUAAUGCAGUACGUAAUUCUUAAGAUUUCUUGGAUCAUGCAAGUUACAAUGGGAACCACGGCCACAGAAACACUCAGUGUGGCUGGCAAUAUUUUUGUUGGACAGACAGAAGCACCAUUGCUUAUCCGGCCCUACUUACCGGAAAUGACCAAAUCUGAAAUCCACGCUGUAAUGACUGGUGGCUUUGGGACUAUAGCUGGCAGCGUAAUGGGUGCAUACAUUUCUUUUGGGAUUGACGCAUCCUCACUUAUUGCUGCCUCAGUUAUGGCUGCUCCUUGUGCUCUUGCCCUCUCCAAGUUGGUUUAUCCAGAAACUGAAGAAUCCAAGUUCAAAAACGAGGAAGGUGUCAAGAUAGAAAAAGGGGAGGAACGGACCAUACUGGAAGCUGCCAGCAAUGGGGCUUCUACCUCUGUGGGACUGGUUGCCAACAUUGCAGCCAACCUGAUUGCAUUUAUGGCCUUACUUGAAUUCAUCAACGCUGCUUUCUCCUGGCUGGGAGGAAUGGUGAACUACCCAAAGCUCACACUACAGCUGAUCCUCUCCUACAUCUUCAUGCCGGUGGCCUUCAUGAUGGGAGUAGAGUGGGAUGAAGCAGGCCCAGUUGGUGAGAUGCUGGGGACAAAAAUCAUUCUGAAUGAGUUUGUAGCAUACCGGAAGUUGGCUGAUUACAAGGCUAACCGCAUGGAUGGCGUUGAGGAAUGGCUAGAUGGAACCAAACAGUGGAUCUCGGAGCGAGCAGAGGUCAUCACUACCUUUGCCUUGUGUGGAUUUGCUAACAUUAGCUCCAUUGGGAUCAUGCUGGGAGGCUUAUCCACCAUGGCGACUGAGCGCAAAAGUGACCUUGCCAAGGUGGUACUACGGGCUCUGAUGACUGGAGCAUGUGUCUCAUUUGUUAAUGCAUGUAUUGCAGGAAUUUUAUUUACCCCAAGAGAGGGAGUAGAUUGUAUAGACUUUCUUGGCAACACAGAGAUUUUUAGGAAUGCAAGCUAUAACCUCUUGGUUUGUUGUAAAAACAUUUUUGGAAGCACUAACACUACAAAUGGGACAUUUAUAUUUACAAAUGGAUGGGAAGACGUGGUAAACCCUACUCUGGCUAUCAACAAUUGCUGCACAUUUUACAAUAAUACGUUGUGCACCGCUCUGUAGGUCUGUAACCAGUUGGCUGCCUUUGAACUGUGACCAUCAUUCAUCAGAGUGGUAGACCAGCCCCAAGAAAUCUGCAUCAGGAAUUACUGGCAACUGAUAAACCAAAUAUAGGAGCGCUGCUGAGAGAUCAGCCUCAGCCAUAUGAACUGUAAUCAAUGUUUUAAAGUGUCUUGCACACAGAAAAACAUUCACAUCACUUAUUUAUAAUGUAAUGUAAAUUUAUUAUUGUAACAGUGCAUCAAUAGAUAUUCAGUUUUCAACUUUUGACUUUGUUGUAUUUUAUGACCUCCACCUCUUGGCAUGGAUUUUACAAAUAAAUAUCUUAUAAUAUUACAAUUUCUAAUAUUCUAUGCUAAGUUUAAUUGAGAGCAUGAAGCCUUAUUUUCUGACUGUUAUACUCGACAUACCAUGUUUCAGUCAUCUCAAAGCAACUGCAAACCCUACUUGGUUAUGUUUACAUAUUCCCAUAAAACUGAUAAUGUAAUGAUGUAUGAAGCAUCUUCCUCUAUGUAUGGAUCGUCAAUAAUUGUGUAAUGGUUAUUGUUGUUAUACUUAUUUGUGUUUGCUAUUAAAACUAAUAAAAUAACUCAAUAAAAAAAAAAAACUGAUAAUGUCACUAUGCAACAAAGUAGAAUAUAAACCUCCUUAGGGAGAAAAUAGUACUGCAAAAUAUGUGUGUCAUAUAUUAAUAUAUCAUUGUUAAUAAUAGAAAUCAAAUAACCUAGAAAAUUAACAUUAUGUACAGUAGGCGAAUACAUAUUGUGUCACAUAUAAUUAAUUCAUAAAAAAAUGUAUUUGAAUAAAUGUAUUAUUGAGUAAAUAGCUAAAGCUACCCAGCAUAAAAGCCAAGUCUGGUUGAACCUUAUAAGAAGAAAACACCAUGAUAAGUAAAUAUACA